AUGAAAUAUCUAUUGGCAAUUUGUCUGUUUAAAGCUGUACUGGGCUGGUGGAGCACAGGCCACAUGAUCGUAACCCAAAUCGCCCAAAUCGUGCUUCAGGCAGAGAACCCUCAAGUACUUAAUAUCGCCAACCAAUAUACAUAAAUGGAGUAUGACGUCCAACCCGUCCUCCCAGUGAUGGUAACCCAUGUAUAUCCGGGCAUGGCUUUCAGGGGAAAUGAGUAUACCCAACAACAUCAGGAGCCUAAAGGCGAUAGGCUUAAGCACAGAUCCGCUGGUUUGUGACCUUUUUCCAACAGCGUCCUAGCCAGUGGAUGCCCGAAAUGGAGCAGGGUGAUUUUUAUCUCAAGCUGCUCUUGAUGGCCCUCCCUGAAUCACGGAAGUGAGUUCUUUCUAGGGAUGAUCUGAAAAUAGGGGGCGACCCUUCCAGAAAAGGGCUCCCAAACGGCCAGGGUAGGAACAGUUGGCGUAAUAAGGGGGAAGGGACUAAGUUAGAAAUAGUGGUGCCCAGCAACGGUUUGCGGACCCAACAGGAGCAACCCACUACCGAAAAACUAGGGGUUUCGUCUUGAGCUCAGAGUUACUAGAUGUGGAAGCCCCCAAUUCGCUUGGGUCAGCGUGCGCCUGGAAGUAGAGACUUUAAAUAACAGCAACUAAUCUAAUAUCGCCAACCAGAUCCUCGAGCCUCUUUACGGGCCGAUGACCCAUGGAAUUUCAAAUAGCUUUGUCGAAAGCGCCUGCUGGCCUGACGACAUCAAAGUCUAUGGGUUCCACGACUUCGACAGCUGGCACUUCACCAACAAACCAUAUGAUUACGAUGGUUUUUUAAAUAUUACUGACUCAGGUGAAGAUGUCAUUUGGGCCCUUAAUCAGUGCAUGAGCACCCUUGGCCUCCUCAAUUACCAAACAGCAAUUUUAGAGAAUGCACUUGCAAUGAGAUUUUUGCUGCACUUUGUAGGGGAUUAUCAUCAGCCUCUUCACGUGACCACCCUGUGGAGCCGGCAAUUCCCUUCAGGCGACCAAGGCGGAAACUUGUUCAAUAUCACGUUUGAUAAGACUGUCACCGAACUCCAUGCACUUUGGGACUCAGUUAUGGGAGAAUGGGAGGUUGACUUAGUCAGACCCCUAACCAGUGAUGGAUGGCAUGACAUCAAUAUGUGGGCUGAGUGGUGCAUGGGCAAUUACACACAGGAGGACCUGGCAGAGGAGCUUGCUGUAUCAAAUAUAACUGACUGGGUGUAUCCAACUUACCAUUUAGGAGUAGAUUAUGCUUAUCAUGGGAUUAAGCCACUUGAAAAACCAUCUGAGGAAUACCUCAAAAAAGGAUGGCAAAUUGCUUUGAGGCAGCUUUCUCUUGGAGGACGUAGACUAGCGCAGUUGCUGAUUAACUUGUUUGGGCAAGAAGAAACUCUAAUCUAUAGACUGAAAAAGUUAUUUUAUUGUUUUUUUAAAUUUUCUGAUAUUAAUUUAGCUUUAUUUUUAGAGACAGGUGUAAGUUAA